CGCUGUGCGCGCGCACAGGCACAGCACGAGGGAGAGAGAGGCCGAUCGAUGCCGGCCGCGGAGGGGCAGUCCCCGCUGCCGUCGGCGGAGAGGCGGCCGCACUUCUUCAAGGUGCUCAUCGGCGACUUCAAGAAGCGCCUGAGAAUCCCGCCGAAGUUCUGCAAGCACAUCCCCUGGGAGGCGUCCAGGAGGGCCGAGGGCCUGACGGAGGCGUCCAUGGCGGCCACCCUGGAGGGCCCCGGCGGCCGGACGUGGCAGGUCGUCAUCCGCCGGACCGCCGAGGGCACCUUCUUCACCGCGGGCUGGGCCAGCUUCGUGCAGGACCAGGCGCUUCGGGACCUGGAGUUCCUCGUCUUCCGCCACGACGGCGGCACCCGCUUCGCCGCCAUGGUGUUCGACAAGUCCGCGUGCGAGCGGGAGGACCUGCUGCUCCCCGGCGACGCGCCCCGGCCGCGCAAGAAGCGGGGCCGGCCGAGGACCGCGUCGCGGGCCGUGGAUGGUUCGGCCGGCAUGGAGCUGGUCCCGUACCGUGCGCCUGCCGACCAGCAGCCCCAAGCCGCGUGCUCCGAUGGGAUGCCGGAAUCGGACAAGUCAAAUGGUACCCCUGUGAAGGCCGAGGUGGGCGCCGGCGAGCUCCCUCUGUGCUUGAUCGCUGCGCCACCGUCGGCGUCGGGGCAGCAGCUCUCGCCGAGCCGCUUGCCAGCCGGGACCAAGGACGGGUGCGCGGUGAGAUCGAGAACACGGAGCAUCCACGAUGACCUCACCGUCGCCAACAUCCCCCCUUCCGUGAGGAAGUACAACGGGUACGUGUCCCGCCGGCGGCCCGUGGCGAGCGCGGAGCGGCAGCGCGCCAUGGAGCUCGCGCGCGCGUUCCGGUCGUCGCUCCCGUACUGCGUCAUCCGCAUGAGCACCAUGCACGUCUACUACUCCUUCAUGAUGAGGUUCCCGACGGGGUUCUCGAGGCAGCACCUGCCCCGGGAGCGGACGGAGAUGGUGCUCCGGGACCCGGACGGCAAGGCGUGGGCGGCGCUCUACAUCCCCAGCGCGAGGGACCGGCUGUCGCGCGGGUGGUGCGCGUUCGCGCGCGGCAACUGCCUCGAGGAAGGGGACUGCUGCGUCUUCGAGCUCGUCGGCGCCGCCGAGUUCCGCGUCCACGUAUUCCGGGUGGUCGAGCCGGCCGUGCCCGCGGUCAGGCUCCGGUUAGCUUGAGUUUUAGUUCUACUACGCAUCAACGCAUGUACCUGGCGCGCAUUGGAUCGUCAGGGACACUCUGAACGAAAGCAAUUAAUCCCAACGGAUCAUUACUGUCCAAAUGCACACUCUUGGUAUCGAUACCGUAAAUAGUGAGCUAUUACACGUGGAUUAUUUGUGUAGUCGAGAAAACGUAAGAGUAUCUUCAAUAGAAGAUAUAGAUGUAAAAAUAAUUAUGUUUUGCAUAUCCCAGGUUCAAGAACUGCUCUUCAAUA